GUGGUUCUGUUUUGUAGUGGUUACUGGUUUUCUGGUUUGUCUUGUGCUCUAUUAAAAAAAUACUCUUUAUUUGUAAAUGAAAACUAAAGCAAACGUUAUUUCUUUAUCUGAGAAACGCGUCCAUUUCUUUACCACUGUAUCAGCGAGUUAGUAACAGCGAAAAUUAAGGCUUUACAAACUGUAAUAAUGUCGUUGACUAAACGGAAACGUUCUCUUGAUAAAGAGCAAUUGCUUGAGAAUGGAGAUCCAUCAAACACCAGCCAAAGUAACAUCAAAGGGGACGAAAUUAAUAUAUCAGUAUUAUUAUUUUUAUAUACACUCCAAGGCAUUCCUUUGGGGCUUGCAGGUGCAAUACCCAUGUUGUUACAGAACCGUGGUAUAACUUACACGCAACAGGCAGAAUUUAGUUUUGUCAAUUGGCCAUUCAGUGCAAAACUGUUAUGGGCACCAGUUGUGGAUGCAAUGUUUUGGCCAAAGUUUGGUCGACGAAAGACAUGGCUAGUACCCGUCCAGUAUAUGAUUGGAAUUGUCAUGAUCAUCAUGUCACACAGUGUGACCAGUUGGCUGGGGUCAGAGAGUGAGCCGCCCUCUAUGAUGAUUCUUACUAUAUCAUUUCUGGUGCUUAACUUUUUGGCUGCAACACAAGACAUUGCUGUAGAUGGUUGGGCUCUAACUAUGUUGAAAAGAUGUAAUGUAGGCCAUGCAUCAACAUGCAACACAGUGGGACAAACGGCAGGAUUUUUCUUAGGAUAUGUACUAUUUUUAGCACUAGAGUCUCCAUAUUUUUGUAACAAGUACCUGAGGACAGUACCCGAAGAUACAGGUCUUGUGACUUUGUCUAGUUUCCUUUUAUUCUGGGGCUGGGUGUUUAUCGUCACUACAACUGUCAUUGCAAUAUUCAAGCAUGAAGCAAAUGACACUAUUAAUACAAAUGAGAGUCAAGUGAAGGGGAUGAGUGAUAUAGUGAAUGCGUACAAGCAACUCUAUACAAUUGUGAAGCUUCCGGCUGUAAGGAUGCUAACUUUGGUGCUAUUUACCGCUAAGCUUGGUUUUUCUGCCAGUGAUGCUGUGUCUGGCUUGAAACUAGUAGAGGCUGGAGUGCCACGUGAAGAUUUGGCGCUAUUAGCUGUGCCUUUAGUGCCUGUUCAAAUCAUCAUGCCUGUUAUUCUUGCCAAGCACACAACAGGUCCUGAGCCUCUGUCGUUAUGGCUGCGUGCUUACCCACUGCGGCUCUUAGUUGGCCCGUUAUCUGCUGCCUUGGUAGCUCUAACACCAACUCUACUGGGUGAUUCGGGGCCUUCCUACUUCUAUCUCUUCAUUUUAUUGUCACUUUAUAUAUUCCAUCAGACUUGUUUAUACUGCAUGUUUGUGGCAGUGAUGGCUUUCUUCGCGAAGGUGUCGGACCCGGCCGUGGGUGGCACAUACAUGACGCUACUCAACACUGUGUCCAACCUUGGCACUAAUUGGCCCAACACCCUGGCGCUUUGGGCCAUAGACCAUCUAACCUACAAGAACUGCAGUGUGCCAGAGCUGACUGAUAAUACGUGCGCUACACAGCUAGAAGCUGACGUAUGUAAAAACCAGGGUGGUACAUGCAACAUACGUAUCGACGGGUACUACAUAGAGACGGUGCUCUGCCUCGUGGCCGGCUUCCUCUGGCUGCAAUGGGGCAGGAAGACCAUCAAACGGCUGCAGCGACUCCCGCCCUCCGCCUGGCAGAUAGGCCGUAACAGAUAAGACUGAAUAACUACUAUACUGACUUGUAAUGUCUAUUGUCUUGGUAACUUCCUUGUGAAUAAAUGAACAUGUGUUGACGA